AUUUUUCCAUGGACAUGUUUGACUAUCAUCCAGAAAAAAUUAUGAACCUAGGAAUGGAAUUUACCAGAAGAGCUAAACUGAAAGACAGUGCUGUUCCAGACGUACAUGUACGUGAUGCCGAGAAAGCAUUCUCAUCGCCAGCCCAUGGUGCUUUUGCGAAACGCCGGAAAGCAGAAGUCUUGGUGGGAGCUUUAGAAGAUCACACAAGAAAGAUAUCCGAAAAGGAGAACAUUAAUUUGGAUUUGAUCGACACAAAUGAUGAUCAUGGCAUUAUGGAGGAUCUGUGUACGAUGAACAGACAGGACUGUGCGACAGAUACAGCAAGUUUUGAGAAACCGAUGACGGUAACUAAGAGUGUGCAAGUAUCUAUAGACAGAAAACCGGCUCAACGGACAAGGAGGAUCCAGGUACGUCCACAAUUGAGCAAUUCCCAAGUGAGUCGUGGUAUCCAGUGCUCCCUCAUUGCAGCUCCUCCACUCAGAAAUGAUACUGUAAGUCAUUCAGAUGAUGACAGUUCAGAUGACAACAUGGAUUGGGAUGACAUUUCGAGUGAACAUUGUACUACAAGUAUUGAUGGCAGUGAGUAUGAUUCUGAUAUCGACAGUGAAGAUGAUGAUGGUGAUGAUGAUGAUGAUGUGGAGGAUGAUAUGGACAUGAAUUAUAAACUGGCAAGUGACAAUGACAUUUCAUCUGAAAAACAGUUCCUUGUUUCAGAAUCUGCCCUUAACAAGGUUUUGUCUGUGUGUAGAACAUGUGGAGGACAUUGUGAAAAUGUUGUCAAGUUUGCUAAAGGGACAAUGGUGUGUGUGGCCUCGGUUUCUUCUCAAGGUCAUGUGUUUGAAUGGAAAUUCAGACAUGCCACAAUUCUAUGCCAUGGAGUAACCUACUUGUGUCAUCUGCUGUGUUUUUUAGUGGGGCAAGCUUUUCAAAAACAGUGCAAAUUUUUAAUCAUAUCAACCUACAAAUGUUCUCCAGGAGGACUUUCAUGACCAUUCAGUCUGCAUACUUGGUACCAGCAACAAUUAAUGUAGUGGAGACAACUCAGGCUGAGAUGCUGGAGAAACGUGUAGGUCAAAGUUUAACUUUAGGAGGAGACUGCCGAUGCGACUCCCCAGGUUACUCCGCAAAGUAUGGGUCGUAUUCCCUCAUGGACCUUCAGACGAAUGAAGUCCUGGAUGUACAACUGGUACAAAGUAAUGAAGUGAAGGGAUCAACUCACAUGGAGCUUGAAGGCCUCAAACGGUCAAUUAGCCACCUGUAGGAGAAUGACAUCAGUCUCAAAACUUUGGUCACUGACAGACAUGUGAUGGUAAAGAAGUUCAUGAGGGAACAACAUCCUAACACUGACCAUUACUUUGAUGUGUGGCAUGUUGCCAAAGAUAGGUGUUACAAAGAAGCUUGAAGGAUGUGCUAAAAAGAAAGGAGGAGAGGUUAUUCGACCUUGGAUCAAGUCAGCCAGCAACCAUAUGUAAUGGACUGCCAUGUCUUCAGGCGAUGACUGCGACCUAAAGAGGGCUAAGUCGAGCUCCCUGGUGAACCAUGUUGCUGAUAAACAUGAAGGUCACUCUGGGUAAUAAUUGGCUAUUUCUUGUAAGUGAGACGAGACUCGAGCUGGGCGCUCGAGCACAUGUUUGUAAGCAGUAUUAGCACUUCACAAUGUUGUACAGUAACAAUAUCAUAUUAAAUUGUUGACAAAAUGUUAAAGGAAGACCAGUAGUAGGUAAUAUUUCACUGUCAGUGAAUAAUAUACUUAUAUUUUGUAUUUUGUAAGGGAAAGAUAAAACGUAAGGUCACGUAGGUCACGUUUCACUUCCGGUGUCACCGGAAGCUUCCUGUAAAAUGUAAACAUAGUCUGUUGUAAAGAGAAAGUAACAAUAAGUUUGGUCUGGCAGGCUCCGUGGAGGCAGAGUGAUGGGGUGAACGUGAGGAUGGGGACCUGACCAGGACAGCGGGGCAUGACUUAGGCCAGUAUCAGCUCUAGGCAUCUUCAUGGGCGAACGACCUGUAUACUGUGGCAGUUUGAGUGUACGUCGUACAGCUGACCACACGGACCAUCCCUCUACGGCUCAUAUAUCUAUGCGGCACUCCAACGUAGACGGCGAUACACCUGGGGUUCACGCACCGAGACUCUCUCAUCUUGCUGGAAUGCGGUAACCAAUACAGUGGCUUCCAAUAUGUGAUGUUCUGAACUGAACUGUGUAUUUGAACUGUGUACUGGAACUAAUUACAACCCUUUAUUCUACGGACACGGAAUUGAGUUGAAUUAUGUGACAUUCUAGGGUAAAUUGAAUAGAAUUCUAAUAUUAAUUCAUGAAAAGUAUUCAUGGUAAGGUUAUACGCAGGCUAGUCAAUAGUUUAUCAUACUGGUAAUUUUGUAAUAUGUGGUAAAAGACGUUGUGUAUGUUUGCUCUAGUCAUAUUGUAUCAUUGAAAUACUUAGUGGCCACAGCAGCCAGUAUUGUUAUUUUUCCUAUCUGGCGUGUGGAAGUAAAUCAUUAGGGAUGGAAUUCCUGAUAUUAUAGUACUUUACUUAUGUUGAAUAUUUGUAUAUAAAUUGUUACUUGAAAAUUUA